CUUCUUCGCCGACAUCGAGUGAGUGAACGUGUUAAGAUGGGAGCCCUAUUACAUUUAUUAGCGUGUUACAUUUUAUUCGUAAAUGUUAAUGAUGCGGCCAGGAUAUUGGCAGUGUUCCCGACUCCUUCCAUCAGCCAUCAAGUAGUAUUUCGACCUGUGACACAAGAGCUAGUUAGGAGAGGACACCAUGUCACCGUCAUCACCACAGAUCCCGCCUUCCCGAAAGGAGGAGCCCCUGCUAACUUGACAGAAAUCGACGUCCAUGAUAUAUCCUACGGCAUAUGGAAAGAGCUAUUUAUGACAGCCCCUAAGGGUGGCAAGGACGAUAUAGUGCAUCAUUUGAAAAUAUUUUUGAAUAUUUUCAUAGAGGUAUUCGAAGCUCAGACGAAAACUGAAAACGUUCAACGUCUGAUUAAAAACCGAGAUCAAAAGUUUGAUUUGAUAAUUGUUGAAGCCUGUUAUAGACUCGGACUAGGUUUUCGCCAUAUCUAUGAAGCACCCGUAGUCUAUAUGAGUUCGCUUGGAGGUGUAUUUGGCAACUUUGAAGUAAUUGGUGCCCCCACGCAUCCAACACUCUAUCCAACUAGUGUUCGUCAAAGAUUGAACAAUCUGACGAUGUGGGAGAAGUUUACAGAGCUAUAUAACCACUAUACGUACAUUUACAUGUACUAUGUUCAAGAAACUGCUGAAAAUAAUUUACUGAAGAAAGUGUUUGGACCAGACGCGCCGACGAUCUCCGAACUUUACAAUCACGUUGAAAUGCUGUUCUUGAAUGAGAAUCCAGUUUUUGUUGGCAGUCGACCUGUUCCACCGACUGUCGUGUAUAUGGGAGGCUUACAUCAAAAUCCGCAGAAAGAAUUGCCAAAGGAUUUGAAAUCAUACUUAGACUCCUCUAAAAAUGGCGUGAUUUACAUCAGUUUUGGUACAAACGUCGAUCCUACUCUACUGCCCGCUGACAGAAUCCAAGUGCUAGUGAAAGUAUUCUCUCAAUUACCUUACGAUGUGUUAUGGAAGUGGAACGGAGACGAGCUGCCUGGACGUACUGCGAACAUCAGAAUCUCAAAGUGGUUGCCGCAAUCAGAUCUACUCAGACAUCCCAAAGUCAAGCUGUUCGUGACACAAGGAGGUCUGCAAUCAACAGAUGAAGCAAUAACAGCUGGCGUCCCAUUGAUAGGAAUCCCAAUGUUGGGGGACCAGUGGUACAAUGCAGAGAAAUAUGAAAGUCAUAAAAUUGGAGUGCGAUUGGACUUAGAUGCCAUUACAGAAGAAAACUUUAAGGAAGCUAUAAACAGAGUCAUUGGAGAUGACAGCUACCGCAAGAAUAUCAUCAAACUCCGUACCCUGAUGCGUGACCAACCGAUGUCUCCGCUUGACCGGACUAUGUGGUCAUUGGAGCAUUUGUUACGUCACGGCGGCGCGAAGCACCUGCGCUCGCCCGCCGCCAACAUCUCGUGGGCGGAGUACCUAGAACUGGAACUGGUGCUCACAUUACUUGGUGGGAUGUUUACUGUUAUAAGUCUAGUCGUUUUUGGUAUUUAUUAUUUAUUUAAGUUCUUCUUGCGAAGCAAAGUGGCUGAUGUAAAAGUGAAAAGAUCGUAAAAUUUUCGUGUAUUGUGGUACUUUACAAUGAUACGUUCAAUAAAGUAUUUAAUUUUAAUUUAUAA